AUGAAGUACAUUCGAAGCAACAGCCUGAAACGUCUCUUCUCCUUCAAACGCCGCAGUUUCGACUCCGACUCUGAAAACUCAACUCCACACGCCAAAUGCGUCGAGAGUUUUCAAGAAACAGAGCAGUUUCAAAGACCCAAGUGGAAAUGUUUCUCCUUUGAAGAAAUCUACGAGGCAACCAACGGUUUCAGCUCAGAGAACUUGGUAGGAAGAGGUGGAUUUGCAGAGGUGUAUAAAGGGGUUUUGAGUAAAAGUGGUGAAGAAAUAGCUGUGAAGAGGAUAACGAGAGGAGGGAGAGAAGACGAGAGGAGAGAGAAAGAGUUUCUAAUGGAGAUUGGAACAAUAGGACAUGUCUCACAUCCUAAUGUCUUGUCUCUUCUUGGUUGUUGUAUUGACAAUGGUCUCUAUCUUGUUUUCAUCUUCUCUUCCAGAGGCUCUGUUGCUUCUCUCCUUCAUGGCACCAUUGGAGUGGGAGACAAGGUAUAA